GGAUCGGGGAAGGGGUGGUGAGUAGGCAGUGGGUUAGACGGAGAGGAGUGGGUGCUGACGAGCGAGAUGGCGGUUACUGGAUGGGCUGCUUGCGCGAGCGUGAUGGGAGAGCGGGAGCUUGGCUGACGCCGCGCAGGCGCAGAGAGAUGACGGUGGAUGUAUAAAGACGCGGCAGCGCGCAGGAGGUGUGGUGCUGUGGGAUACUGAGCGUUUGCUGCUUCUGGCUCUGCCCUCUUGUCUGCUCUUGGUCUCCUUGUGCCCGGCUGAGAAACCACCGCAAUGUUCCUCGCUCACCUCCUCACGCCGUACACGUUCCUGCUGCUCCCCGUCCUCUACUACCUCCUGCCAUACCUGCGCAACUGGUCCAUUCAGUCCAUCCCCGGCCCGCUCGUCGCGAAGUUCUCGAACCUCUGGCUGCUGUACCAGGCAAGGCGCGGCCGGCGGUACGAAGCUGUGCACGCGGCGCACGAGAAGUACGGGACGUUGGUGAGGAUUGCGCCGAACCAUGUUAGUGUUGCGGAUGCGGAGGCGAUCCCAGUGAUAUAUGGGCAUGGGAAUGGGUUUUUGAAGAGCGACUACUACGAUGCCUUCGUCUCGAUCCGCCGCGGCCUCUUCAACACGCGCGACCGCGCCGAGCACACGCGCAAGCGCAAAACCGUCUCCCACACCUUCUCCGCCAAAUCCGUCGGCCAGUUCGAGCAGUACAUCCACCACAAUCUUGAGGAGCUGCAGCGACAAUGGGACCGCCGUGCCGACGCCGAGAAGGGUGGAUACCACCAGAUGGAUGCGCUCAACUGGUUUAACUACCUCGCGUUCGAUGUCAUUGGGGAUCUGGCUUUUGGCGCGCCGUUCGGGAUGCUCGAGAAGGGCGCCGACGUCGCGGAAGUGAGGAAGAGCGCGGAUGCGAAGCCGACGUACGCGCCUGCGAUUGAGGUGCUGAACCGGAGGGGGGAAGUGUCUGGAACGCUCGGCUGCUUCCCCGCCCUCAAGCCCUACGCCAAGUACCUCCCAGACCCCUUCUUCACGCAGGGCAUCGCGGCUGUCGAGAACCUCGCCGGCAUCGCCAUCGCGCGGGUCAACGAGCGCCUGCAGAACCCGUCGGACCGCGUCGACCUCCUCGCACGGCUGAUGGAAGGCCGCGACGAGUCGGGCAACCCGCUCGGCCGCGAGGAACUCACCGCCGAGGCUCUGACCCAGCUCAUCGCCGGGUCCGACACGACGUCCAACACGUCCUGCGCGCUGCUGUUCCACUGUCUCUCCAAUCCUUCCGUGAUCACGAAACUGCAAGAGGAGCUGGACCAGGCGAUCCUCGACGCAGACCAAGUCCCCACCUAUGCCCAGGUCAAAGACCUGCCCUACCUCGACGCCGUCAUCAAGGAAACAAUGCGCAUCCACUCCACCUCCUCCCUCGGCCUGCCCCGUGUGGUCCCCCCCGGCCCCGGCGUCGAGAUCGCCGCCACGCACUUCCCCCAGGGCACCGUGCUCUCCGUCCCCGCAUACACCAUCCACCACUCCACGCACAUCUGGGGCCCCGACGCCAGCGCCUUCCGCCCCGAGCGCUGGCUCGGCAACGGCCUUACCGAGCAGCAGAAGAACGCGUUUAUCCCGUUUAGUUACGGCCCCCGCGCGUGCGUGGGGCGCAACGUCGCCGAGAUGGAACUGGCGCUGAUUGUGGGGACCGUAUUUCGGCGGUAUGAGUUUGAGCUGCGGCAGAGCGGCAUGGAGACGCGGGAGGGGUUUCUGAGGAAGCCGCUUGGGUUGGAGGUGGGAAUGAGGAAGAGGACGGUAUAGGUGGUAGACCGCGUGGGCGGAUACUGAAAAGGGAAAAGUGCAGAAGGGGCUUCAUGAGAUGGUUGCAUGGGCUGGCGUUGCGUGGGCUCUGUCGUGGUGACGCAUUAUGGAUCAGGAUUUCGGGCUUCUGUGUUACUGCUGGGUGUGUGCGCGAUUCAUGUGCUAAAUGCAAAAUUAAAGUGGUAAAGCCGUACAGUCCGUCUCCUACCACUGCAGUUAUGUCUGAACAGUCACGGCGAUGGAUCACAUUUUCUGGGAGAGUUUCAUUGG